GUUUCUACUAAACAGAAAAUAAUAUAUAUUUUCACAUAAGACCAAUCAUUUCUCGACAAUUGACAAUUGAGAAAAGAUCAUUGGAUACUCUCGAGGUAGUCAAUUACCGAGAGAGAUGUACCGAACUUUUCGUGUGACAGCGUAACGCCGUUAACGUCUCAUUAAAAUUCCGUGAAUGACGUCGCUUAAGGGAGGACUUUCCUUGGCGGCGAAACGAUUAAUGCCGCGUAUAACGGUGAUGAAUAAAAAUUCGGAAGCCGCGGUUUACAUCCGUAACACGGGCUCUCCUUCGAUCGACGCCGCUGCAAUUUGCGCGAUCACGUAUCGUAUAUGUAUGUCGUUAUGUACAGAGGGAGAAUACACGCUGAAUACAGGGGGAUACGGUCAGAGGGGGUCGGAAAGGCGUGCAGGAAGCGCUACUGUCAGUUGGAUUGGUGUUUCGAUGCGGCGCGCCGUGCGAUUAUUCGAAAAGGAAGGACCACCUCUGUUCACCAUAUUUGGCAAACUUUCCCUAAUAUGGUAACGUCUACUUCUAAAUAUGGCAGCCGGGGACGCCCUCUCGUCGCGCCGUGUAACAAUGCGCGCGCGCAUUCGCGGCCGAAUAUCACGCCAAUGGACACGCGUGCGUUUCGUUUUGACAGACGAUCCGGACGAUUGGACAUACGAGCGAUUUUUCCACGACGAUUUCGGCGCGGAUCCUCAUCCGUGUACGGCCGUGGCGUUACCGCGGACUAGUUUUCUCACGGCGUCGAGGCGCGAUGGUGGGGGGGGAUGAUCGGCGCGGAUCGCAGCGACACGCGGAGGCAUCUCCGCCGCUAGGCGCACAGGCACGUAGGUCAAGUUACGAUACUCCGCGCGCGCAUUCAGUUCGCGGGGAGCGCUCGUGCGGUGCGCGUUGUUGUCCCGUGUUCCUCUAGAUGAUCGAUCACGUGGUGGACACUGCGACGAGUUCCGCACGCGAUUCCGUCGUGGCCAAGACCCGCCGCCGCCACCGUCGUCGUGGGGAAGGGAUUAAAUGUGCGCGCCGACGCUGCGAUGGACAACCCUAGCGGCGGAAGAGACGGUCGGUACACGAGCCUCGGCUACAUGGGGAUGAUGGGAAGCGACGCCGGAGCGGAGAUUUACGGCCGACCGUCCACCUCGCAGCUCGCGGCUUCUCAGAUGGGCCGCGGGGGCGCCACCAUGAUGGGCGGCGCGGGCGCCGCGACGCCCGGCGUCGGGCCCAUUCAGCAGCGAGGCAUCAAGCGCACCACGUCCGACGUCUGUUACGGGGACGACGGCAAUAACACGCGGCAGCAGCAGGCGCUCUCGCAAGCGCAGAGCAUGUCCGGCAUGACCGGUGACUGCGUGCCCGAUAACCUCGACGAGUCCUUCACGAGCCUCGGCCAGCCCAAGAAGUCACCACCCUCGAACGGCAAGAAGACCAAGGGUCGGGUUAAAAUUAAAAUGGAGUACAUUGACAAUAAGCUCAGGCGGUACACCACGUUCUCCAAGAGGAAGACCGGUAUCAUGAAGAAGGCGUACGAGCUGUCAACGCUGACGGGCACGCAGGUGAUGUUACUUGUGGCGAGCGAGACCGGUCACGUGUAUACAUUCGCGACGCGCAAGCUGCAGCCGAUGAUCACGAGUGAGGCCGGCAAGGCGUUGAUCCAAACUUGCCUCAACAGCCCGGAUCCACCGCCGUCCGGCUCGUCCGGCGACCAGAGGAUGUCGGCCACCGGCUUCGAGGAGACCGAGCUGACGUACAACAUUGCCGACGACGAGCAGAAAGUAAGGCAAUUGGUGUACGGCUCGCCGCACGGUGGCUCGCUGCACGCCGGCUAUCCUGGUGGCGGGCCAGCAGGGGGUGGCCCGAAUACGGGACCCCAUCCGCCGCCACCCCCGCCGCCACCACCGGGCUCGCAGCACGCGCCGCACGCGCAGCACGCGCAGCUCAUAGCGCACGCACACGCAGCAGCGGCGGCAGCGGCGGCUGCCGCCUCGCCGAGCUCGCACCUCGUGCCGUGCUCGAGUCCGGGCCCGAUGCUCGCCGGAGGCCCUUAUCAGCAGUCCUGCCCCUCGCCCCUGCCGCCCCAUCACGCCUAUCAUCCCCACAUGUCGCACUCGCACCCCCAACGGUAGUACGCGCUCGCUCCACGUCGACCUUACGCACUCCGUCCUCCCGUUCACGCCGCAUUUUAUUUUGUAUUAAAUUUCACGGCAUUUUCGACAAGUGUUCCGAGACUCGAUUCCGUUCGUCGAUUCGCCGCGAGUGUACUGGGGAGAGACGACGAGAUCUCGCGCCGAUGCUCUAGUAGGUUCUGUUUGACAGAUCGGACGAAGUUUAUGCAAUUUAUGUUGUGUACAAAGAAAAAUGACGUUUUGUGAAAUAUCGCAUGGCGAUGAUAUAUUAGAUAUAUAUUGGGUUAAAUUUUAAUUAAAUUCCCGUUUUUUUUUGUUUUUGUUUUUUUUUUUUUUAAUAGCGAACUGUUGCUUAAAAUAAUAUCUGAUCGAUUAUCGUAUAAAUAUUCGCACGUUAAGUAUGAGACAUUUAGUUAUUUUUAUAUAAUAUGUUUGAGCAUUGCAAUUUUCGUAGAUAUUAAUUUUUAAUAAUUAAAUUUAUUCUACUCUUUUUUCUCUCUCUCGAGAAAUGGUGCAUAAUUAUUUUAGCGCGUGCCGACGCAAUGGCCUUUAAGAUAUUGAAUUUCAGACACCGUAUAUCAUUGACGUAAUUUUCAUUUGGUCGUAGGCAAUGAUAGAAAUCAAGAUGCUUUGAAUUAGUUCGAAUAUGUUAUAAAAAACUCGAAUAAUUAUUAUAAUUAAUUGAAUUAUAAAUAAUUGAAUGCCCGUUAGCGAUGUAGAAUCAUGGUAUUUAUCGAAUUAUAACAGAUGGACGCGAAAUCGUUUCUCUUGCACGAUCAAAUAUUUUUCAAUAUCGGUCGCUCAUAUCUACGACCGAUUCCACGCGCGCAAAAAUCUAGUCCAAUCUCUCGACAUAUUUUUACUUAAAUAUAUAUAUAUAUAUAUAUAUAUAUAUAUAUAUAACAUAUAUGUAUAUACAUAUAUCCUUCUUUAUUUUGCAUCUACAUAUAACGGUGAACUCCUCGAUAAAGUAUUCCGCGCCUCGCACGACUUUGCGUGCGGCGAAACGCGGAAGGAUUGGAAACGCGCGUUGAGAUGCGAAGAGAUGAGUAAUUUUUCCGAGAUUAAGCGUAAUGAACGCAAGUUCGUCAUUAGCGUCUCCAAGAGUGAAUCGUAGCCGGAUCUCAUCGGUAGAUCUCGAGCAGAUUGUAAGAUCCGACGCGAUAUUCUAUUUCGUUAAAUUCGUAUUGCGCUCUAGGCAAAGCUCUCUCCAAAGCUCGGCGGCUAGAUAAAGGACGAUAUAUAUCCGCGGGAGUCAAUAUAGAUAUGAUAGAAAGAUAUUCGAAAUAGCGAGGAAAGAUAUUAUUAAUUAAUUAAUUAUCUCUUAGUACAUUAAACAUAUAUAUAUAUAUAUAUAUAUAUAUAUAAAGCGUAGCAUCGUGUAUGAUGAAUACUCGGUGAAUAAUAAUAGAGUACCGAAUACACUCUGUUAGCGCUCAUUCGUCCAGCAGCUCUCUCUUUUUCUUUCGCGUUUUUUCUCCUAUUUAAUUUAAAUCGUAUUUAUUGACAUCGGUAUUUUCUUAUUUAUUAGGGAAAAGCAGCGUGUAUGCGCACACAUUGUAACUAUAAGUCGUAACGGAUGUCGGUACCCUUUUUCAUAUCGUGUACCUUAUUUUGUGUUUGCGACUCGAUGAGGAAGAUAGAGGCUCUUCUCUAUCUCGAAGAAGCGAAAAUCUUCGCUUUCUCUCUCUCUCUCUCUCUCUCUCUCUCUCUCUUUCGAGAAAUCGUCCUGCGACGAUUAUGUUCUAUGUAUCGGAUCGGUGGCGUGGGCGCGAGUCCGGGCGAAUCCGGCGAUGCACGCUUAUAAUUAGUAUUGUUGCGCAUUUUCUCUUCUCUCUUUUUUUUUUAUUAGCAUAUCGUUGUGUCUCGUCCAUUGUUUCUUUUUUUCUGUAUAAUGUGUUGUGUACCGCUACUGGCAUGCGUAGUUUUAUUUGGAGAUUGUUUUCUCUCGUAGAAUAAGUAGUUAGCGUUUAGAUUACCUUUUUAAUUUAAUCCACCCUUUCUCCCCUCUAUUCCUUCCCUCCUCUCCUCGUUUCCUUCAUGCAGCGACACCAUCGGCAUUGUGCAUGCGUAUGUGUAUGUAUUGUUUGUUGAUUUCUAUAUUUUAUCGUGUACUGGAAAAAAAGACCCGAAGGAGAUAAAAAAGUAAGGAAAAAAUAAAGAACGGGAAUGUGAACAACCUCCCGAAAGAGUGGGGCCUCAGGCUUCGCGAUGAUCAAAUAGAUGUAUAGAAAAAAAAAAAAAAUAAUGUAAUCUAUUCCCGUGCGCGUCGGCAUGCAGAGAGUACAAACAAUAAUAAUAUUAAUUAUAUAAUUUUUAACGAUAUCUGCGAAUAAUGCGGCUUUCACAAUGAAUUAGUCUUAUCUAUAUGUUAUUGUUAGUAUUUGUGUACAUAUAGAGCAUAUAGCGACUCUGUACAAUACUGUGAUAAUAUUUAUAUAUUUUUACGUCUGUACAUGGCACAGAUACACACACACACAGAGACACGCGCAUAUAUACCUUCUCGACUUUGACAAUAUAGUCCCUGUAGUCGUUCGAA